UGGGGAGCUUAAGCCCAUGUUGGAGCAGGAAGAAUUGAGUACCCUCCUUAUUUUUCUAGCUCUUGCUCAGGCUUUUGGCACCCUCUGGUCUCCCACUUCCAGCCCUGUGAUGCUUUCUUUGGCUUUUCUAGUCCUUUCUGUUAUGCAAAUGAAAUUUGGGCUUGACCACAAUGUAGUCACCCAAUACUUCCCUUUGGGUAUUGAAAAGGGCUGGCUGAUUUUUCAUCCCCUUUUUUAGCUUCCGUCUUUGAGGUCUUAGAUUGAAGGAUUUGGCAUGGUUCCCAUCUGGGUAGUUUCUUAACAGAUGCUCCCUUUACUUCUACAGCUCCUGAAAUGAUCUUUUGCCAUAAGACUACUAGGAAGGCUCAGUAAGUACAAAAGAAACCAGAUACUAACCUGCCGUUGGGAACAAAGUCUCAGUAUAUGUGUUUCCUAUUCAAAGGCACAUGAGUCAGCACCUCUGUCUAUGGCAGAUGUCUAAGACAUGUACUGGAGGGCCUGUGGGAUAUGAGGAGAUAGCACUUGGUAGCCUGUCUGUUGUAAGUGACUCAGUCUCAGAUUUGUACACCCCCCCCCCAAUACACACACACACACCAAGGAAAUAAACUUUGCUCCUUCCCAACUGUGUGAGGAGCCAAAUCAUCCAGCAGCUUCAGUGAACCUGAAGAGACCUGAGCUUACUGCUAUUCUCAGUACCUCACAAAUAAAAUGUUCUUUCUGUGUAUGCGCUCAGCCACUUUCAUUGAGCAGAUUCUCUGUGACUGGCACUGACAAAAUCAGGCAUGGGGGUGAUUAGAUUUGUGUUGAUCCCAAAUAGUUCACCCUCUAGUGCAGAGAGGGUCCCUGAUAGAGACCCUGGGUCUGCAUAUUCUUUAAUCAUGUGUUAGAAUGUUCAAUAGAGAACCAGGUUUUGCCAGGAGUUUAAUCUCUGAAUAAUACCUUUGUCGCUUAGCUCAUGAUUCAUAUAGACAGUACUUUUUAUAUUUGCAUAGCAUAAUUCAGUGACCUAGUUUUUCCUUUGGCCCCAUCUAAAUCCCAUUGAGUCUGUCAGAUUUUAUGACGUUAGUGUGCAGUUGUCUAAGAAACCAGACCGAGUAGCGGCUCCUUAUUCCUAACCUCUUCCUGAAUGGCAGGAGAGGGGUUAUAUUUGAAAGGUAAACUUGAUCUCUGUAGAAUUUAGAAAUUGUCAUCAUUGAGCUUUCCUUUAUAUCUAGCCAUCAGUUUGCUUUUUCUCUGUAUAGAGAGCUCUGCCAAGUAGAAUUUCCAGGACACCAGGUACAAGGAAUUAUGAUGAGAAUAGGAAUUUUGUCUACUUCAUAGCUGUUGAUCCAGGACCUAGAGAAGGUAUUUAAUAAAUAUUUAGUGAUUGGAUGGGGCUAAUUCCCAUCUGUGUGGGUGUUACGUGGACCUCUCAAUUCCUUUGGUUUAGUUGAGCAACCAAAUGAAUGGGACAGUCUGUUCAGUCUUGCAGAAUGUAUCAGAGAUUGCCAUGGAACUUAGAAUGAUGUCAAGACACUGAAGCAUUUGAACUGGGUUACUGGGUUUGCUCCCAUCUUGCUGCUCUAAGUCCCUGUUGGUCUAAGAGGACAAAAGUUUUCAGCUGCCUCAACUUUUCCCUGAUCUCACGGGUGGAGGAGGUUUUGCAGAUGUUGUUUCCUUUGGAAGAUCGGUUGCCAAGAACAGCAUUCCUUGGUGGGGAGGGGGGGGUUUCCAGUUGGGCUGUGGAUGGAAUGUUACUUUUCCUUGGUUUUUGGAAUAUUGCUAGCAAGACCGCUGCUGGGGCUGGGAAAGACUUGGGGGUGCACUCGUCUCCUAGGAAGAGCACUAAUCUCCUGCAUGCAUGCUGCUCCCAUGAGUGCAGCCUCCCUUGAGCUACUCAUUAGUGUGAAGCCAGACAUGUUGGGAGCAUCUUUCGGUUGGGAUCAACCUCACUUUCAAUUUCAAUUUUUAAAUUCUGUUUCUAUUCAAAAUAGAAAUGUGUAUGAGUCAUAUUUGUUCAUUUGCACAUGGGAUAUUGAAUGUGAAUAUUUUAAGUUUUUUACACUCUGAAAAUACAUUCAAGGGCUAUAUGCAGCUCUCAGAAGAGCCAUCUCUGCUGCUAGGGGGACAGAUGGCUCACUCUGGGUAUGUGGGAGGAAUUCAGUGAACACCUUGGUCGGUGGUUGAUUCGGGGAUCUGAUAGUCCAAUGUGUAGGACUUGUUUGAAAUUGAAUUGAACUGAAAUCAGUGGAUACAGUCUACACAACAAAGAUUUUUUUUUCUUGAGUCUUGAAAACCAACAUCAGGAGAUAUGCCUCACACACUUGAAGAUGCUGCUUAAUUCAUUUAUUCCAUUAUUUAUGGGACACCUAGUCUGUGCCCAGGUUUGCUCUGCAGAAGUUGAACAAAGUUUUAUAACCUAGCUGUUGCUGACCCUCAGUGGCGUGAGGUGAGUCAGUUUGGGAGCCUGGCAACAUGUUAGGAGGGCCUAAGGCCCAUAUCUCAGUCCCCUAUAAAACAGGCACAGGGCCUCCCUGGUGGCGCAGCAGGUUGAGUGCAGCAUUGUGACAGCUGUCCACAGCCUCUGCAGCGUGGGUUCGAUUCCCGGCCGGCCAGGGAGAUUUCCACAUGGCAUGGCGGACCUCUCCUGUCACCCCACUGCUCCCCUCAGCAGUGUAUUUUGGUCAUCUGCCUGUUCUGCUCCCCUCUCUGUCUCUGGGGAAUCCUAUCACCCUCCCGUGCCUCUGGCCUGUACCCCAGCUCUUGUAUAAAAAUAAAAAAUAAAAAAGAACAACAACAAAAAAAAAAAAACAGGCACAGCUUUGAACUUUUAGGAAAAAUUAGAUGGUUCCAAGUCUGAAAGUUGAGGUGGAGGGUGAGCAGCCAAAAGUUUUACGUCAGGAAGCUGUAGAAAAUCUGUAACUAUGGUUUUUAACCCCAGUGGGAUGUUAGGCUGAUUCCCGGUUUCUCACCUGGGUGACUGAAGAAACUGCUGCUGAUUUCACAGGUAGAUUUAUGUGGUGAUGAUGACCCAACCUAGAAACCACUAGAUGUGGUAGGAGCACUGAGGAAACAUUGCUUCUUGUUCAAAAUGAAUCAAAUAAAAUUUGGAAAUUAAAGAUUUGGGACAAAAGGCUGGGAGAGAACUAGAAGUUAAAGGCCCCUGUCAGUACCUCCUCACUCUAGAUCUGUCAGCUUUAUCAGUAUCCCAUCAGGUUUGGUUGUAAUCCCAGAAGAAAACCCAUUUCAGUUACCAUCUCUUAACUCAGCUUUUUGGAGCUCACUCCUUAAAUUUUCAAAAAAUUGUCAGUCCACAGGUGGACCCAGUAGAAAUCAAGAGUACAAGGAGAAAAAAAAAAGUACAAGGAGAAUUCAGGAGUUAAUCUUCAGUCAUGGGUAUGUGUAAGCUAGUGAUGGGUAAUAGUCAAGGGAACUAUUAGCUGUCACUGUGUUAUUGGGACCUAGUGCUGUUGGGAAGGCACCCUUGGGAAACUUAAGGAGCUGAUGCUGCAGCUGGAGAAAGGCAGCUAUCAGAAACAAUCAAGCAGGACCCCAUCUGCCAAAUGGAGUGAAGGCCAGAGUGAGUACUGGACACAACCAGUCUCUGAGCACAGGCUUGGUUUCCUGUCUGAAAAAUGGGGAACAUAGACAGGGUUGUAGUUAGUAAUCAAGUCCAGAGGCGCUGAGGCGGUAUGGCCACUGGAAUUGGGUCUGGAAGCCUGAGAAGACCUGGAGCCACUCUUACAUUGAGCUUUAGUCUUACAUGCAGAGCUUUGAAAGGAAGGGGCAUUAUUCCAGGCAUCUGAGACCCUACUCAGAUCCUGCAGCUGUGCCCCUGUCACCUCCACCCCCUCUUGCCCUCCCAUGGACUGGCUAGGACUACCCACUGGUAUGAAUCAGCUUGGCUGAUUACCACAGGCCUCGCAGGGGGUGUGGCCAAUGUAUCCACUGUUUUGGGGACGGGGGUGGGAAAUGAGCUUAGUGCAUUCCAGUGUGGGCAUUAUUGUCCAGCUAGAAAUUCAGGGCCAAACUAGAAUUCCAGCUUUGUCACUCCAAUUGAGAAACCGUAUCUUGAAUAACUCCUUGUACUAGGCAUAGACAUUCAGAGUAAGACACGAUAUCAUCUAGGCCAGUGUUUCCCAAACAAGUUGCUGUGGAAUCCUGGAAAUUAACAAGGGAACCCUUAAACUAUCCUGUGCUCAUAUUCAGGAAAACAGUGUAGACUAUUUUGGAUAAUUAGAUGUGAAAAGUAGGGAGGGAGGACACUUCCCCUGUGAUGCCCUGCUGGGCAGAGGCAUCCGUAGCACUCUGCUUAGGCAAAGGGAGAAUGCCCUUGUCCUUCAAGACAGGGCUAAGGGUGAAGGAUUUCUGUUCCCAGGAAUUCCUACAACUGCUGUGUCUGGCCUGUUGUUACACUAAGGAUAGCCCUGGGGAAAGCCCUGAAGUUUAUUAGAUAUUUUGUCUCUCUGAGCUUUUGUCUUCGUCUUUAUUCUGGAUAAUCGGUCAGUCCUCAAUAAUACUUAUCAAAGGUCUUUUCUCCAGUAUCCUUCCCCCUACAUACUCAUGUACACUCCGGUAACUACCACAUAACUCAGUUGUAUAAGCUUUUGUAAGAGAAUUUUAUUAGAGUAAAUCUUUUCUACAGAAUCCAGAGUAACCUCACAACAGUCCAGAUUGCCUGGGAGUUAAGAUUUGGGUUCUAGGGCCUCCCCUGGUGGCGCAGUGGUUGAGUGCUGGGCUGCGAGCCUGCCCGCAUCCUCUGCAGCGCUAGUUUGAUCCCCGACCUCUGGCAAGCGUCCCACAUGGCGCGACAGACCUCUCCUGCCUCGCCCGCUGCUCCCCUCAGCAGUGUAUUUUGUCAGUCUGCCUGUUCUGUUCCCUACUCUGGCUCUGGUGAAUUCUUUCACCCUCCCAGGCUUCUGACUGUACCCAGUGCUUGUAUAAAUAAAUAAAUAAAUCUUUAAAAGAAAAAGAUUUGGGUUCUAAAAACUCCCAUUGAUUUGCUUGGUGUCAGGGUUCUUAGCUGAUCCUCUGGGCUUAUGGCCCCCUCCUUUGUACUCCAGGCAGGCCAAGGACACGUGGCCUUACUGCCCCGCCCUUACUGGCUCCAGUUGCUGAGUUGGAGUUGCAGUAGCCUGCUUUCCCCACCCUGGAUUCCUAUCCGUCUGGAAGCCUGGAUUGUGUACUGGGGUGAGCCGCAACUCCUACCUGGCGUUGCCCCCAGCAUCUAGGCACCUGCCUCAGGCCUUAAGGUCCCUUAAAGCUGCCAGCAAAGCCCAAGAAGACCUCAUCCUAGUUUGUUAACAGAGCCAGAUUUCACACUGAGCAGCUGCAGACAGAAAAAUCAGAGAAAGCACAACCCAGCUCCAGAUUCCGAGGGGCCUGCCGGGGACUCUCCUCCUGCUCGGGAAGGAAGACCGCCAGGCGGCUGUCUCCAGCCAGGUCCUGGCUGCCAUGGGGCUCGCAGCCACCACCCCCAAGCUGCCCUCCUCACUGCCAGGCAGAUAAGGGUGGGUGCUGCCUGGGAGCACCUGCUGCUUCUGCCAGGCCGCUCCCUUGGGGCCAGCCCUUCUGACUCUGGGCCACCUUGGCUCACCCGAGGCCAUGUAGGCCCUACCUGGGCCUCUGUGGACAGAAGGACAGACACGCUGCCAGGGACAUUGCCUCUGCUCUCUGGGGGACCCAGUGCACCACCAUGCCCCAGGGAUUUGCCUGGCUACACUAUCUCGGGCUCCUCCUGGGCAUGGCCUUGGGGACUGAGGGCUCGGAGGUGUGGCCCACGGCCCUGGGCCAGGAGUGCACCGUCACCGGCUUCCUGCGGGAAAAGCUGCAGUACAGGAAUCGUCUUCAGUACAUGAAACACUACUUCCCCAUCAACUACAGGGUCAGCGUGCCUUAUGAGGAAGUGCUCAGAACCGCUAACAUCACCAGGCUGCAGAAGGCCCAGAUGAGCCAGCAGGAGCUGCGGUAUCUGUGGGUCUCUGUGAGUUUAUCUGCUGCUGAGUCGGUGCAGGGGGUGCUGCUAGAGGGCCACCCAUCUUGGGAGUAUCUGCAGGAGGUACAGAUGCUACUGAACAAUGUCGAGCGAGGCCUCAUGGCUGUAAAGUCCAGCCCCAGGGUGAAAGCGUUGUUGCCACCUGUGAAUACCUCAGGGCUGAAGCUGGUGCGUCCCAAAGCCCUGCUGGACAACUGCUUCCGGGUCAUGGACCUGCUCUACUGCUCGUGCUGUAAACAAAGCUCCAUCCUAAGUUGGCAGGACUGUGAGGUGCCAAGCCCUCAGCCCCACAGUCCAGACCCUUCCUUGCAGUGUGAAGCUGCCCGGCUAUACCCUCUGCACCAGGAGCCCCCCACCUCCCUGCCCCACUCCCCGGAAGCCAAGGCUGGACCCCAGUGAGCAUGUUGAGGGCCCAGGGCAACGCCUCCCAUGCUGAGUGGGGCAACUCCUGCUGGAGUUCAAGGUGCCAGCACCUAGAUGGAGGGGCGCCCCUCACUGGGAGAGGAACCCCGGGAAAAGGGUGCUUUUCCUUUGAGGGGGGUUUGUGCCCGAGAUGGGCUGUCUCCAGCCUAGGGUACCUCACUUGGUCUCACCUGGAGUGGCAGGGGCAGGGCCUGAAAGUGGUUGGGGCAGAGCCUGAGGCCCCUUCUCCACCGCAAUGGCUGCCUCCCCGGUGGAAGGCGGUGCUGAAGGUGUCCAGUGGCCUGAGGAGGGGAGCGCUGUCCCCGUGGGUAGAUAGGCUUGUGGGGGAACUCCACUAGGGGAGGCUAGAGAGGGCUGAGACACAUGCCACAUCUUGCCAGUGGAUGCUCUUCCAGUUCCCUUUUUUCUAUUAAACAUCUGCUUUGUUUUUGUUUUGUUUUGCAUUUCAUCUUCGAAACCACUGCCAAGUGCAGGAGCCAGGGGGUGGGAGGAGCGGGCAGCGGGUCCAGCCCUGGGGCGCGGCUCUGAGGAUUGAUUUGGAAGGUCCCUGAGCCUGGGUCCUGCAAAGAUCGGUCUUUAAGGGAUUGAGUUCCUUGCAGUCCCGCCCUAGAGUGUGGAGCCCGCAGCCAGCUCGCGGCAGAAGACAGGCCCCAGCAGGGACAGAGGCAGCAAUCCAAGGUGAGGCCUGGGCCCAAGACCUGGCGCUCCUGCCCUGCAGUGCAGG